GACUUCGUGGUGAAAAGCUGGUAGACACCAUUGUUAUAAUACCCUCCUUCGCAACCUAAACAGUUCACCUGCAAAUUCACAAGAAAUCAGCAGAAGAAGAAAAAAAAAACCCUAGUGAAUAUUAUUUCUUAAUUAACUUCUACUUAGAAAAAAUCAUGAAAAUGGUUGUUGAAGAGGGAAAAAAUAACGAAAUGAAAUUCAAUGAAACCUUCUUCAUAACCCAUGGAAACCCAAUUUUGACAGUAGAAGACACACAUCCCUUAAGGCCAUUCUUUGAAACUUGGACUGAAAAAAUAUUUUCGAAGAAGCCGAAGGCGAUACUUGUGAUCUCCGGUCACUGGGAAACUGAUCAUCCUGCUGUUAAUGCUGUUCAUAUCAAUGAUACUAUCUACGAUUUUGAUGACUAUCCUGAAGCCAUGUACAAGUUUAAGUAUCCGGCUCCCGGGUCUCUAGAAUUGGCAAAAGGGGUGCAACAACUACUCAACAAAUCCAAGUUCGAAACCGUGCACAUUGACCAAAAACGUGGGCUUGAUCAUGGUGUAUGGGUGCCUCUUAUGUACAUGUAUCCGGAGGCCGACAUCCCGGUAUGUCAGCUCUCCGUUCAGCCGAAAAUGGACGGAACAUACCACUACAACUUGGGACGUGCGUUAGCGCCUCUAAGAGACGAAGGUAUACUCAUCAUUGGUUCCGGAAGUGCAACACACCCCUUAGACGAAACGCCUCAUUAUCAUGGUGGUGUUGCUCCUUGGGCUGCCGAGUUUGAUUCUUGGCUCGACACUGCUCUCACUAAUGGAAGGAUUGAAGAAGUGAAUACAUAUGAAACCAAAGCUCCAAACUGGGAAUUAGCACAUCCGUUCCCGGAGCAUUUUUAUCCAUUGCACGUCGUCGUUGGGGCGGCUGGUGAAAAGUGGAAGGCUGAGCUUAUUCAUACUAGUUGGGACCAUGGUACCCUAUGUCAUGGCGCUUACAAGUUCACUUCCAGUUAAUUUUCAUUUUAAUUGUACCAGACUACCAGUUGUACCUUGUGUGCAUGUAACACAAUAUUGAUCGUACGUUGCGUUGUCAUGGUUGUCAUCGUUGCUGUUUCAUUUUAGUCCCUUGUAUUCUUUCCGCAAUAUAUUGUAGCAUUGAUUGUUACGUUUCAGAGUGAAAUUCUACAUGUUCACUUAUGUAUCAUGUAUUAUUGUAUACGUAGUUAUAUUUUGUAAUAUUGUGCAAUCUCCUCAAUUUUGUUGUAUUUUAAUGGCUUGGUAUCGUGGAUUUAUGGUGUGUAUAUUGACUCGUCUAUUGUUUGAGAGUUGAUUCAAGUAUUGUCGUUUAAUUUGUAAGUGUUGUAAUUUUUUUUUUUUUUUUUUUAUUUUUUUUAAAGAAAAUGGACCUGCAUGCCUUUAAAUUGCAUGUGGAAUAUACGUACUUUGAGAGGAUUUAGUUGGACCAACAUAUUAUCGAAAAUCAUAUUUUGUGGUGUUUGUUUGCUAACUCAAGAUUUUCUUGUUAUCCAUAGAUUAAUAAGUCUUGAUAAUUUUUUCUUGGUGUAAUUUUCAUAAUUCAUAUACGACUAUACUAGUACUAUUGCAAAACAAUACUUACAACUUUUUAAAAUUAUUAUUAUUUGUAUCUUUCUUACAUUUUUUUUUUAUUUUUUUAAUCAUAAUUAUUAUCAUUUGUAUCUUUCUUACUUCGUGAUUUAUGUACAUAGUUAACUAUCAAAUUAUUUUACCAUUUAUGCAUCUUUAUUUUUUGGCCAUGACUUGCACUCAAAACCCUAGCUAAUACUAAGUAUA